GGUCUGAUGUCGCUAACGUCAGACUGACUGCAGCGGAACAUCCCAGUGAAGGAAGAAACGCAGGACUGAAUCUGUCCUACAAAGGUAAACACCAGAUGAGCAAAGGCAUGGGAAACCAUAUAGACACAUCUUUAAAGAAGUUUUAAAAGGCAGAACUUAAACAUAAAAGAAGAUGUAAUGUAUGUUCAAGAACAUUUUCCCAAUGAAAAAGAAAGAAUUGCAUGAAAUCAAAGAUCUGCAGAAGCAGAAGAAGGAAAUCUGUCACAUUGUGAAGACAUGGAGGAUCUUGUAGGAGGAGACUGCUCUUCCUUUCUCAGAAGGCCAUCUCAAAUCCUACUUACUUCCUUCUCACGUCUCUUCCCAUACAAAACAUGGUCCUCUUAUAGACUGUAUCCCCACAUUGUAUUACUUACUCACUGGAAUACCAGUGGCACUAAAGUCAGUGAGAAAGGAACUGUUAUAUGGCGAUCAAAAUCAGUGUCUAUCCCUCAGAUGAAAAUAUUGACUGAAGCAUCAAGGUUACCUGACAUGAGAUUAAAGGAGUUUAAACCUGCCAUCACUGCUGAUAACUGUCAUGAUGAAACCUACCAGUUCCAGUGCUCCAGUGCAGGUCUGUACCAGUGCAGUGUGACUGGUCUGGUGUUUGACAUGAAGGGAGAAGGAGACGUGGUUUACAGGACUGUCCCUUGGAACAGGAAGCUGCUGGACAAACACCACAAGAAGCCUGCAGGACCCCUGUUUGACAUCAAAUGUCAGCAGCAGUCUGUGUGUCAGCUUCAUCUCCCACACUGUGAGCUCAUCUCCACAGGUGGAGGUCAGUUCUUGCAGGUCGCUCAUGUGAAUGAUGAGGGCAUUGAGUUCAUCCUCCCUCAUCAGAUAACAGAAAGUCAUGUUGUUAUAAACAUCACAGACUUUUCUGGUUAUGGUAUUGUCAGGGAUGAAGACUCUCCCCCUGACCCAGUCCAAGCUUUGGUUUUGCUCUUUUACAAAUCUCCAGAAGAAGGUGAUCUCAGAUCUGUCCUCAGUGUGUUGUUGGUGCCAAGAAAUGUGGUGAUUUGUCAAGUUAAGAAUAUCAGGAGGGAAUUAAUUGGAGAAGAGACAUACAUAGACAUACCCUCUAAAUGCAAUCUGCAUCCAAACCAGGUUUACUCUCUUUCCACCGUUCCUGAUGAUGGCCUGAUUGUAGUUCAACCAAAUGAAACAGUGUUUGAUGACGUGUCCCUUGACAAUCCUGUCCCAUCCUUCCAAGUGAUUUUUAAUAGACUCACUAGAAAUAUUAACCUGAGUCUGAGACACCAGAGCAGCUCCAGCUGUGUCUGGAAAAGUGAGGUUUGUCUUUUGCCCAACAGAAUGAGAAGCAUGAUUCUCUCUUCAAAUAAGAAACUGUUAAAUGUACGGAGCUUGUUCAUUGAUAAGAUAUCAGAACCUGUUCUCAACAGUCUGCUCGACAAACUGUUGGAGAAAAAUGUGAUAACUGAUGCUGAGAGGGAGGCAGCAGAUGCAAAGAAAAAGAGAAGGAAAAUAGCACGUUUCGUUUUUGACACUGUGAGGAGGAAAGGUGAAGAUGCCAUUUUAGAAAUGACCGAGUCCCUUUGUGAGCUCGAUUCCUUCCUCUGCAGAAAUCUUGGGUUGCUAUGAGAGCAUCUAGUUAACUUUGCUGAAACUGCUUGAAUCUGAGUCUUGAGUCUGCUUCAAAUCACAUUGCCUCCAUCAUUCUGUUACAAGUGGAUUUCAGUUCGUCUAAAUAGGACUGCUCUAACUUUUCCAGUUUGUUUUAGCAAAGAAAAUCCAAGGUUUUCUUUAAAGAUUUGGACUAAUUUACUUUUAUGCUUCUAAAUUCAGGUGAAACUAAAGUUAUUAUACCUUGGCUCUAAAAAUAUUAGAAACAUGAUUUCUAGGAUUAAUCUUACUCUGGAUGGUAUUACUUUGACCUCAAUUAAACCAGUGAGGAAAUGGACAUUUUUUGCAUUUUUAUCCUUGAAUGCAAAUAUUAAACAAAUAUGUACAACAGCUUUCUAUUAUUGCACAAUUUCUCUAAAAUUAGACACAGGAAAAACUAGUUUCUGUCUUUCUCCAGUCACCCUAACCGGUUGCAGCAUAUAGCCAAACCUCCCUCAGCCUGUUUCUUCUUCCUGUUAAAACUGAGUUUCUUUGUCAUGGAUUAGGUCUCUGACCCAGAAUUUCUGAGGGUUUUCUGGGUUUUUUGAGUCUCUUGUUGUGGGUUUAGUUGGGUUUGGGUUUCCAUUAUUAUCAUUGGUUUCAUGGGUUAUUGUAUUGUCUUUCUCGUCUGUCAUGUGCAUUAGGGCUGUGUAUGGCCAAGUUUGUGUUGCCAUAUGUACGACUCCAUGUUUUAUUUUGAAAGAGUCUGGUGUGUUCUUGUUCAUUGUGCCUCUCCCCGUAGCUUCAUAUGGUUCAUGUGUGUCAACUGUUUCCCCAUGUGUUCCCACUUCCCCUGAUCACCUCUUGUGUAUUCAAGUCCCCUGUCUUCUGUGUGUCAUUGUCAGGUCAUCUGUUAUAAUCUCCACAGUUUUCAUAGUCUGUCAUAGUUUUUCAUACUUCUUGUGUUUUGCUGCUGUCAUCAGCCAAAAUAAAGACUCGUUUUCUUUUCAAACGCAACACCUCUCUCCGCUGAUGUGCAUCUGGGUCCUGAAAUCAACACACCGGCGGACCCCACCGUAACAUUUUUCCUUCUCUCGCCAACGCAUUUGGGUCAUUUAAUUGUUGGGACUUCUGUUUUCACUAUAUUAUUCUAGGGCCUACAUAUAAAGCACCUUGAGGCAACUGCUGUUGUGAUUUGGUGCUAUGAAAAUGUUUCUCCCAACAGUAACUUGAGGAAGCUGAGGUGCCAGCAACUUUUCCUGGUGGUUUGCCCAUUCUCAUUCUGAAUAAACCUCUGGCCUUUGACGUUAAACUGAUGGGAGUGCAGCAUCCGAGGCAAGCUUGCACUGGCUCAUCUUUCACUGUUCUAGAUCAGUUAGACCUGAAUGUCAUAUAGAAACAAAGCUAGCAUUAGAUUAUCAACAAGCCUCAGUGAUUUAGCAUCAUAACAGAGAUUUCUCUGGUUAUUCAUCAAUAUUUAUAUUUUCAUUUUCCAUGUAGAUGUUGACUGUUAUGACGUAUACUAAUCGAACCUUUUAAUUAAACUUUUUUGUUGUUAAUAUUUUACUUAUAUUUUAUUUCAUGAAAUAUCAAGAUGUAUACUUGUGUUUCUGAACAACUGAACAGCCACUGCAAACAUAUGAUUUAUAGAGUAUGAUCCUGAUAACUGAAGCGCAGAUAAAGUAUUUAAAAUAAGCGCAGUCAUAAACAUGUGCAGUAAUAAUAUUAAUCCACUGAACACUGGUAGGAAAUAUUUUCACAAAUUAAUGAUUUUAACUUCUUUCAUUUUCUAAUUUUCCAUAUUAAUAGCUAUAAUAUGUUAUUGUAAUUAUGUCAUGAAUCCAAUGUUUUUCCUCUACUUAAAAUACUUGUUAUUGUCUAACAAAUAAUAUAUAUCUUGUAAUUAAAAUAAAUAAAUAUAUAUGCAUAUUGCCUGUGCAUCGUUUUCUGUGUGAAGAACUUAACACUUUGUAAUUUCCCUUAAACAUUUAAAGAAUAUGACUGUAUUUGUGACACAGACCC